AUGGAACUCAACGCAGAGACCCUGUUUGACUAUCUCGGCAAGAGAUACGAAGAUGCCUUUGCGGAUAGCCCCAAUCUUUGCGAUUUCGUGCGAAGCGCGGCUCAAAAACUCCCAAAGGGGGCCACCGUUCUUGACGUUGGGUGCGGAACUGGUAGACCAGUCGCACAUACGCUUGCCAGUGCAGGUCAUGAAGUCCACGGAAUCGACGUCUCCCAGGAAAUGGUCAAGAUCGCUUCGUCUCAAGUGCAAGGCACUUUCCAAAAGGCAGACAUGAGAGAAUUCAACCCCGAAAUUCAAUUCGAUGCUGUCUUCGUGAUCCUUUCCUUGUUCCAAAUCACCCCAGGUGAAACUCAAUCAAUGACCUACAAGUUUGCAGAAUGGGUCAAACCUGGCGGGUACGUCAUUGUUGGAGUGACACCCAGCACAAGCCUGCCUGCAAAUGAGUUCACCUAUGACUCAACAUGGGAAUGUGCGCGGCAAAUGGGGAAGCCCUGGAUGGACAAGUACACCAACGAAACUUUCUUUUCGGAAGAAGGAUGGAGAAAGUUGCUUCAAUCGGCUGGUUUGAGCGUCGAGUCUGAAGUCUGCUAUACAUUCAUUCCAAAUGAUCCGGAUCACAAAAGCUCCGAGGUUCACCAUCUUCUCAUGGCGAAAAAGGUAGAGGAACAGCCUCUCUUGGGACCAUAUCCUCUUCCAUCGAUAAGUACUACGCAGGCGCCGACGCCGGCUCGUCACCACUUCAAAGAUAACAUGGUGAGCGAGGAUUUGGAGGCCUUGCUUAGGGGUCUUCAAGACGAUAAGACUCUCUGUUUGGGGUCCAUCGGCAGAGUAGCAGCUGGCUGCGGUAAAAAGCAGAAUUUCGAGGUUUACGAUGGCACCAUCGAUCGUUUACCAUUCCCAUCUGGAACGUUUGAUGUCGUUUUGGCACCUUGGAAGCUCGAUAUUGUGAAUGACCUCGCGGGUGCGCUACGAGAGAUGGGUCGUGUGCUGAACCGCGGCUCUCACGCUCGAAUCAUAAUCAUUCAAGCAGCACCAGACAACGAGCUAGUUCAGUUCCUGAACAAGACUCCAUCCCUAUCCAAAGUCAACCAUCAAGGUAGCAUUCUCAAUUUUGCUACCCAAUAUCUGGCAGGUGAGGGCUUCGGUCAAGUCUCUCUUCGUCGGAUCGGGGGACAAUAUGUGUUCCCAGAGAAAGAUGUUUCUGAAAGAUGCAAAGCGGCUGCUAAUCUGCUCACCGGUGGCUCAUUCUGCAUGGAAAGCCAAGAAGAACUUAUUUCACAGCUUGAACUUCAUUUCCUGGGAAGUGAGCACGGAAUUGGUAACCAAAUGGUCAUGCUGGAAGCUAAGUCGUUCCCCAAUUAG